GUCUUUGACAUAAAACAAACAAAAUUGUACUCGGCAGGCUGAAUGAGGAACGGAUUCUGCUCAAAAUUUUGGCCCGCACCACAACCUUUUGUUGUUUUUUGAGAUUUCCGGCAGAUCUAAUUUUUCAGCUUGAUAAUGAAUGAACGCAGAAGUCGAGGGAAUUCGCCAGUGUAGAGUUCUGCGGCGAAUUCCAACAGGUCUUGGGAGACGGGGGCCUUAAACUCGCCCUACAUUUUUGCUAUCCACCUUACGUUUUCCCUGAUAAAGUUUAUAUUGACAAAUGAUGACUGACUCCACUAUGGGCAUAUCUCCGGCUAAGGCUUCGGCCUCAAUGCCAAAGGGAUUCGCCAGCAUUGAUUGGGCCGACAACGAGGAGUGUCCUGUUUGCAAGAAGCCUUUGGGCUCACGAGAUGUCGGAGUGCCUAAUUGCUGCAACCACUUUUUCUGCUUCACUUGCAUUAAAUCAUGGGUCACCAAAUCCAAGUCCAACUGUCCCAUGGACCGGCUCGACAUUACUGAUUUAAGAGUGUUCGACACACGGGGUAAAUUCUUGAGGAGCGUAAAGGUGGAGGCUAAAGAUGAGGAACCUGAAGUGGACUUUACGUUUGAAGAUGAUGGAAUUUGUCCUGACUGUGGAUGGAUGGGCAUGCGGGCAACUGUCGGCGUUUGUAUGCACUGCAUGUAUCAUGUGGAAGAUCCAGUACCAGCCACAAACUGCCCUCAGUGCAUGGAAAAUGAGUCAGACCCAUCUGAUGAAGAGUGGGUCCCAGAAUCAGCCAGGGUGUCGACAUUAGAAUCUAGAAGGAGUAGGACUUUAAGAAGCGAUACCAAUCAGCAUGUUCUUCUGGAAGAGGACGGUGCAAACUUUUCUAGCAAUAGGCGUAGAGCUAGAAACUCGAUAAAUUUGGAUGAAUUUAUUGUGGAAAAUGACAGCGACGAGUCAAUAGAGUUUGGACUAUCGUUCGGGGGUAGGUCUUCAUCAGCAUCUAACCUUACAGAGGAUUUAGCCCAACCGGGGCCUUCUACAAGCCAAGCGCCACCGAGACCUAUCAGACGAAAAGUAGUCAGGAAAACGACAACCAAAAAGAGAAAAACAACAACAAAGAACAGGAAGGUUAGGAGGAAAAAAGUAGUCAGAAAGAAGACGACUGCCACUGGCGGUAAAAUUAGGCGCAAGAGAAAAUUGAAAAGAAGGAGGACAGUGAAAAGAAAAAAGAAGACUCCCUCUAGCAGGCCGCGUUUGCCCGAGGACUCGGCAAAAAAGCGUCUAGCCAAAAUUCUUGGUGUCAAAGCACCCAAGUAUAGUGGACAGAUGCUGCCUCGUGGCUGCAAAAAGCAGGCAGUUACUGCUGCCCAGAGACAGGCACUUGCUUCAACCAGUUCAUCGUCAGUUUACAAUAGACCUGUGGAAAGCCUCGACUAUCAUAACAGCUCUGUUCCCACGCUACAUCUCUUUGGUGGACCUGAGCUGGAGUACUUUCCCUCUGAUUCUGAUUCCGAAGGAUCAUCUUCAGACUAUGAAUAUGCAAGAAAGCCAUUGCCUUCUACAAGUGCCAGUGUGAUAAAAAGAUACAAAAACAAUGCACUUAAAUCCUUAAGGAAAAAGACAGUUGCGGCCUCAGUGUCUGUUUCAUCGUCUGCCCCCGUCAACAUUUUAGAUUCAAUAUUUGAAAGCCAGAAUAAGAAGUUUGAAAUCAAAUCUGGCAUAGACAAAAGACUAGACCCAUAUAAUGUACCGCACACGUCUAGCGUCAUCAGCGGCAAUUCGCGAAAGGUGAAAUUUAAUUCGAGUGACGAAGCUUCAAGCAGCAAUAAUACAAGCAGAUCGUCAAGUUCAACGUAUAAAAACUUUAAAAUUUCGGUCGAAGACUCAGGAAGAGCUGUUAAUUUUUUGAACUGUAAGAAGAGUCCAAGCAAAGAUGACGAUCUAGACUUAUAUGGGGACAUACCAGCUGAAGGCACAGGAAACGCUGGAGCAGAUGAUGAUGAUGUAGGGGAUGCAGACGAUUACCUUUUUGACGGCGGUGAUGCAGGCAGCAACACUGGAGGUGAUGGGGACAGUGGUGGUGAUGGUGAUGAUGAUGAAGACAAAAAAGAUAUUGAAAAGCCCAAUGAAGAAGAGCAUGAAAAGGAUGAUGAUGAUGAUGAUGAAGAUGACGAUGACGAGACUGAAGAUAUCAGUGAAAUGGUUAUUGAUGAGAGUGUUUUGGCGGACGACUAUGAGGUGAAGGACGAUGUUGAAGAUGAGACCAAAGAUCCUCUGGCGAUUGCAGAGGAGCCCGAGGAAGUGCCACUGGCCGCUCCAUCACCAGAAAUAGAUGAAAAAAUUAUUGUGCCAGACAAUUUACCAGAUCCUGUGUUUCCUAUCAUUUCACCAAUUGUUGCUGCGUCGCAUAUGCUAGCUCCGCCUGUGUUUAGAUAUUCAGAGACGAGCCUGCAAAUCGCUCGGCAUUUAAAUUUAGAUGAUGAGAAUGUUCCAAAUGAGCAAGAAGAGCCUGAAGAACAUCCUGAGGAGCCUGAAUCAGAACCAGAGGAAUCGCCUGCUCAGUGCGAUGAAAGCAAAGAGCAAUUUACGGCAUUUGCAUCCCCACAAAUGUCGCCCCCGCGUGAUCAAAAAGUUGUAAAGAAUGAACGCUUCUCACCACUGAGAAGUUUGCCUCCAUCCAGCAUCAAAAAGGAAGAGGAAGUAGCAUCGCCUGUGUUGGAGCCCCCAAAAGUCAUAACAAAUGGUAUUGAUUCUGGUGGUUCCAAAAAGAUCGCAAGGUCCAAGUCGAGAAAGCGGAGUUUGGUGGAGGAGUUGUUUGGCUCUGACAUAGAGGACAAUGCACCGCCAAGAAAAAUUUCCACCGACAAAGGCAGUGAGGAUGGCGAAAUUAGGGACAAAAAGAGAAAAAGUGAUGAGGAAACAAAGAUACAAACAAAAAAAGAAAAUGACGUAGAACCUGAACCUUGUGCAAAGAUGUCUCCGAAGAGAAGCAAGAGGAAAAAAGAAAAAAGUCGGGAAUUGAGCAGCAAGAAAAAGAAGAAGGAGAGGAAAAGGUCUAGAUCUCGCUCUUCCUCGCCAGAUAGAAAAAAGAAGCACCACUCAAAGAAACAUUCUCCAUCUAGGCAUAGCAGGAAGAGAAGCAGGAGUAGAAGUCGCAGCAGAAAGAGACAUGAGGAGAACGGGAGGCUUUCUGUGCACGAACGACUGGGUCCUAAAAGAGGUCGAUCCCGAGACAGGAGUUCAGAGCCCUCUGGAAAGAAGGAAGUCUUUUCCUCGGGUGAGAACAUUCUUGUCAGCGUCAACUUCAGCAGAAGGAGAAAAAGAAUCGCUGAAAUCGCUGCCAAACGGCGGCCCGUGGCUGUGAUCAACUUGGCUGUAGAUGAAGACAAGUCGCCCAUCAUUGAAAAGGGUGACAGUCCCAAAGAAGUCAUUGAGCUGGAUGAAGGCUGGAGUACUGAUGACGAACCUGUCAAGGCGAAGCAGAAGGAGACACCUUCAAAGUUGAAGGAGAAGAGCUUGAAAAGCAAGGAGACUGGACCAAAAACUCCUCCUGAACCACAAGUUAAAUUCUCCAUAGCUUCGCGACCUCAACUUAAACACAAAAACGUCCUUGGGGCUCAUGAUGAUGAUGACGACGAUGAGCCUGACCAACCAUCCGAACUUAAAGAAGCACCUGCAAGCAAACCCCACAUUGGCGAAACUUAUGAUCCCUUCAAUCCGACCGCCUCUCCAAACCAAGAGGCGGAAAAUGAACCUCCUAAGGCUGCCUCUUCCCAACCGCAGACAAAGAUCUCGUCCAUACCCCCAGAAGGUGCUGCACCUCAACAGUGGCCCCUGUCACCUCCCAAGCUGAUGACCGAGAUGCCAAAAAUCGAGCGGCCACCUGUUGUAGUGCCGGUGGCAGCUGCCAUCAAACCUCCUGUGGAGAUUUUCCCUGGCUUGCCAGCCAACGUAGCCAACAUAUUGUGCUCAUCGCAACUGCAGAACGUGUUCAAUCCACAACUGACUGCACUUACAGUUCCCUUGCUGUUAGCCAAUCCUGCCUUACUCAAUAUGCAAAAUGUUGUCCAACAAGUGAGUCAGCAGGCUCAGGCAGCUGCCCCAUCGCAUCCAAAGGUGGACAAUGCAGUGGUGGACAUGGAUCUUGAGUCCCCUUACUCGCCAGCUGCUUCCGAGGGUGAUGACCUCUUUGAACCCCCAAGCAAGGGCCAAACUCAAACUGCAAACAAGCCUCAGGAAAAGUUUGACAUCAUAUUUGGUAGCACAAACAAGAGAGCAGUGAAGACUAAAGCGACGCCAUCAUCCAGCAAAACCUCAGUGAAAGAGAUCAAAACCACAGUUGUCACCUCUGCAGGUAAAAAAGACAUCUCAAUCAAAAUGGAUCGGAAUAACUUGAAAGUAGUGGGCGAACUUCCCAAUCCAGCUGCAGAAACCCAAGUAAAAGAAAAGUUCCUGAAGAAGCUCAACAGGCAGGAGCGGGUCGUUGAAGAAGUGAAAGUAGCUCUGAAACCACACUACACAAAGAAACUUAUCAACAAAGAGGAAUACAAGGACAUACUGAGGAGGGCCGUUCCUAAGGUGUGCCACAACAAGAGUGGAGAGAUCAACCCUGUGAAAAUCAAAAGUCUCGUCGGCGAAUAUGUGAAGAGAGUGAGGCACGAGAGAAAGAAGGUCAAGAAGGCAUGAACUUGAUUUUUACCUAAUUAGUCAUCUUGUCAUCUGUGCAAUUGAAUCAUGUAAAUUUACAAACUUAAGCUUAAAUUUUUAGUUAACAAGGAUUUUCUUUUUGUAUACAUUAAAUCAUGUUUGAUAAUAUAAAGAUCCAAUUUUA